AUGGCGGUGCGAGACAACUGGUUCACCGAGAACGAGGUCAUGUGGCCUGGGCAGGCCAUGUCGCUCAAGGUGGAGGAAGUCCUCUUCGAAGGCCGCUCCAAGUUUCAGGACAUUCUCGUCUUCCGGUCGUCGACGUACGGAACGGUGCUCGUGCUCGACGGCGUCAUUCAGCUCACCGAGCGCGACGAGCACGCGUACCAGGAGAUGAUCGCGCAGCUGCCGCUCCACUCGCACCCCAACCCGCAGUCGGUCCUCAUCGUCGGCGGCGGCGACGGCGGGGUCUGCCGCCACCCGGACGUCGCGAGCGUCACGAUGUGCGAGAUCGACGAGCUGGUCUGCGAUGUCGCCAAGAAGUACCUCUCGCACUCGACCGCCACCGCCUUCGACGACCCGCGCGUGCACGCCGACGCGGCCGAGUACGUCAAAGACAAGUGCGACGCGUACGACCUGGUGAUCGUCGACUCGUCCGACCCGAUCGGCCCGGCAGAGACGCUCUUCACCUCCUCCUUCUACAGCUGCCUCCGCAAAGCUAUGCGGCCGGGCGCGAUCAUGUGCAACCAGGGCGAGUGCAUCUGGCUGCACCUGCCGCUCAUCGCCGACUGCCUCCGCUCCUGCCACGAGAUCUUCCCCUCGGUCGACUACGCCUACACCACCAUCCCCACCUACCCCUCCGGCCAAAUCGGAUUUCUGCUCUGCUCGACGGCGGCCGGGGCCGUGCUGCGCAGGCCGUUGCGCGAGCCGACCCCCGAGAUGCAGGCGCAGCUCAAGUACUACUCGCCCGCCGCGCACGCCGCGGCCUUCAUCCUGCCGCGCUUCGCCGAGGAGACGGUUGCCGCGGUGCGCAAGCCGCCGAUGCCUUACGCGUGCACUUCUGGCGCGCCGCCGCUCCUCACUCGCUCCAGCCUCGCGCUGGCCGCUGUCGGGGCGUAUGUCAACGUGCCGCUGGUGACGACGGCGCGCGCGGCGCUGUGCAAGCAGAUGGGCGCGCUCUUCCUGACGCAGUGGCGCGCCCACCGGCAUGUGUGCGAGAACUUCUCGCCGUGGCGCAACGCCACCGAGUGCACGGGGAUGCGCUUCUACCACUGGGGCGCGCUGGCCGGCUUCAUCGGGCUGCUCGACGCAGGCUUCUACCAGAGGCCGCGGCAAGCGGCUGCUGACUUCACGAUCACGUAG